UCAAUACAAAACAACCUCAAUCGUGCUCCAGUCUGGUGCUGUUGAAGUCAUGGGGAGAGACAACAUCCUAACCUUUGCUGUGCUGUGUGUCUUCCAUGUUUGGACUCUGGGUGUGGACUUGAAGAUGGUUCAUCUCCAUCAGCCUGGUCUCAAUUCCAGCAUACCCUUAGACAUGGUCCCUGACUCUGUUGACGACAUGUACAACGGCUGCACUGAACAAAUGUACAAGGUGGAGAAGGAAUAUCUUGUACAUGAAAACAAAGAGCCCUUCAAAACUGCCUGGAAGUGGGCCGAAAGUUGUGCAAAAAAUGUGAAGGAACGAUUCCGAAAGGACAAUUCUGAGUACAAUGUUGGCGACAAACUUUCCCAUAAUCAUAUCAAGGCUAUCUGUGCUUACACAACAGGUCAUCCUUCAAUACACUCAGAGUUCAACCAAGCAGUCCGGACCAAUAGAUAUGAGUACACAACCUCCUUCCAGUUCCACUCCCUGCAUUUCCUCCUGACUGACGCCAUUCGCAUCCUGAAAAAAAAACAAUCUUGUCACAUCACAUACAGAAGAACCAAAAUGAAGUUUGUGGGUAAAGUUAACAAAACUAUUAGAUUUGGCUACUUUGCCUCCAGCUCUCUUAACAAGGACAAUUCUGAAUUUGGAGACAAGUCCUGCUUUGAGAUAGAGACGUGUUUUGGCGCUUACCUGAAGUCCUUCCCCAAAAUGGGGACAAAAGAAGAGGAGGUGUUGAUUCCACCCUAUGAAGUGUUCAACGUUACUGAGGUACUCAAGAAAGAAGAUCAUCCAACACUUUGGUGUGAUGUUGUGAACAAACUACAGAGCACCAAAAUAGCCAAGAGUAACCUGAAUUGCAAAAUGUUUAAUUAAGAAGCCAAUUAUUAAUUAAGAAAAUUAACGUUGAGUCAUUGUCCCUAAAGAGGAUG